CCACCUAUUCUGACAAUUUUUAUAAUCUUCAGCAUGUUUAUAUUUAUAAAUAUAUUAUAAACACAAGUGUUGGUCAUAUAUUACGAAUAAAAUUGAUUUUGUACGAAAAAAAUGAGUUUGAAGUGUCAUUUUUACGAAGGACCUUAGAAACAGAGGUCACUCAAUGACGUCAUUGGUGACCGACUUUCCCAAAAUUCAUCAAGCGCGAAAUCAAAACAAACCAGACGGUAGGCCUUGUGGAGGAAGAAUAGAGCAUACUUUACUAUACUAUAUUUGGCUGUUGUAUGUUUUAAGCAUUAUGCCAGUUAAUUGUGUUGUUGGUGGUUGCAGUAGGACACCAAAUAAAGAUGGGGUGACCUAUUUUAGGUUUCCCAAGGAUAGCAAAAGAAGACGUUGUUGGGUGAAAUUUGUUAAUUUCACAAGGCCAAAUUUUCGUGGGCCGGGUAAGCACACACGAAUUUGUAGUGCUCACUUCGGAAACGAUCAAUUCAAUCAAUCAUGUCUAAUCAAAACGACGAUGGGCUUGCAAUGCAAACUAGCUUUGAGAGAUAAUGCUGUGCCUAAUAUAAAAAAUGACAGGCGAAGUCCAAUGAAAAGGAAUUCAUCUAUUAUACGGCAAAGAAAACAAGUUGUUGAAGAAGUACUAAGGAAAAGUUUGGAGACAACCUGUACUACUACUACUUUGCCUAGCAACGAGAAUGUGUCAACAGAGAAUGCUGCAUCUCUGUUGUUAUCAUUUGCUAAUGAUUAUCAAAAGAGACAUCAGGAUCACAAAAAGAAUGAAGAUCAAUCAAGACAACCGUUUGUACAGACGAAACCGAUAAUGAUCACCAGAGAAUCUCAGACUGAUCCUGUAGUCAUUAAGGAUGUUGUUGGUGUACCAUCAUUGCCUAAUUCACCCAUAGCUACAUCCACACCUUAUGUUAGUGAAGGAGAAUCAACCCCACUUUGUCAAAGUGAUGGAGAUACAACAUUUAAUCCAGAUGACACAUACCUUUCGUUUGACAAUGAUGACAGCAGCUGUGCAUCAAAUAGACCUGCAAACGAAAAGAAAUAUAUUGUUUUUGAAGCUCAGCUUCUGAGUCUUUUCACAAAAUGUCAAUCUUGCAACGCUGAGACAAAGGGAAAGAUUGUACAUAGGAUUGGUACCUUUAUUGUGAUACGCCAGCAAUGCAAAAUCUGUGAUUACACCAAAGAAUGGAGCAGCCAAUCUAUGGUGAAAGAUACGCCAGCAGGGAAUAUCCUGAUGUCAGCUGCUCUACUAUAUUCUGGGUCCUGCGUGUCAAAAUCCUUGCGAAUGUUAAAAUUCCUUAACUUGGUAUCAAUUUCCGAAAGAACAUUUUAUAGACAUCAAGACAUUUUCUUACAUCCAUGUAUCACCACUGUAUGGCACAAUGAAAGGGAAAAGUCUUUAGAAGCUGUUAAAUGCUCUAAAUCCGUGGUGUUAGGAGGUGAUGGAAGAGCCGACAGCCCCGGCCAUACUGCUAAGUUUGGCUCUUACUGUCUGAUGGAGCUAAAUAAACACAGAGUUAUUGACAUUCAACUUGUUCAAAAAAAUACAGUAGGAGGAAGUUACCACAUGGAAUUAGCAGGACUCAAGCUUGGUAUCAAUGCCUUAAAGUCACAAAACAUCCCCAUUAAUGUCCUUGUCACUGACAGACACAUUCAAGUGGCCAAAUGGAUACGUGAAAAUAUGAAAAACACCAAACAUUAUUAUGAUGUUUGGCAUGUUGCUAAAGGUAUAAGAAAGAAGGUUCAAGCACUUUCAAAAAAAUCAGACUGUGCAAUUGUAGGCGAAUGGGCAAAAAGCAUCAACAACCACAUCUACUGGACAGCCAUGUCAACUCCCAGUGGUAAUGGUAAAGAAAUGGUUGCCAAGUUCCAAAGUCUGACCAACCAUAUGCAAAAUAUACAUUCGGGCCAUUCGGAAAUAUUUCCAAGAUGUCUGCACCCUCCAUUAGAAGAUAACAGAAAAAAAAAAUGGCUGAAACCGGGAUCAAAGGCAUGUGAAAUGUUAAGUGACAUCCUUGACAAACCGCGCCUUCAAAAUGAUAUUAGCAUGUUAAGUCCGCUUGGACAAACUUCGUCAGUAGAGGGUUUCCAUGGAACCAUUAUACAUUUCGCACCAAAAAUGUUGGCAUAUUCCUAUAAUGGAAUGUUGAGCAGGUUGAUGUUGGCUGCGCUCCACUACAAUGAGAACGCUGCUCAGCUUCUGAGUCUUUUCACAAAAUGUCAAUCUUGCAACGCUGAGACAAAGGGAAAGAUUGUACAUAGGAUUGGUACAUUUAUUGUGAUACGCCAGCAAUGCAAAAUCUGUGAUUACACCAAAGAAUGGAGCAGCCAAUCUAUGGUGAAAGAUACGCCAGCAGGGAAUAUCCUGAUGUCAGCUGCUCUACUAUAUUCUGGGUCCUGCGUGUCAAAAUCCUUGCGAAUGUUAAAAUUCCUAAAUGAAAGCAGUCUUAUCAACUGA